CAACGUGGGAAAAACGGAGCAGAAGAGCGAAACAUGGCGACUUCGAACAAUCCGCGGAAAUUCAGCGAGAAAAUCGCUUUACACAACCAGAAGCAGGCAGAGGAGACAGCGGCGUUUGAGGAGGUGAUGAAGGACCUGAGCAUUACCCGGGCAGCCAGGCUACAGCUGCAGGACACAAAGUAUUUGCAGAUGGGAUCGAGCCGCGGGCCGUACUACGGAGGCUCUUUGCCAAAUGUGAAUCAGGUUGGAAACUGCACUGCUGAUCUGUCUUUUCAGAAUUCAGGGCUGGACACUAAUAGAUCCACCCGACACCAUGGUUUGGUGGACAGAGUCUACCGCGACCGGAAUCGCAUCACAUCGCCCAAUCGAAAACCUCUCUCUAUAGACAAACAUGGACGCCAGAUUGACAGCUGCCCAUAUGGAUCAGUGUAUCUGUCACCGCCGCCUGACACCAGCUGGAGAAGCAUAUUCCCAACUCCAGACCAGCAGCUAACACCCUCACACAAACCGGUCGCCCACAACAGUGGCGGUUCUCUUCCGGAUCUGACCAACAUCCAGUUUCCUCCUCCUCUGCCCAUCCCACUUGACUCAGACGACGCAGCCGCCACCUCGUUUGGCUCUCCCAGCGGCACACAGGCUCUGGCUUCCACACAAGGAGUGAACACCUCUCAGUCCACAGUAACCAUGGAGAUCCAGUCUGCCCAGGACAACAUGGUUCCUCUCAUCCUAAAUGCAGGAGACUCACACCAGCAGCAGAACCUACAGCUCUCCCAAAAUUCUCCACCACUCCCGCUUUCCCAGGCGGCCAUCAGCGCUAUGGAUCUUGAGCAACAAUUGUCCCAGUAUUCUUUCUUCAACCAGCAGUCAGUGCCCCAGACUCACCAGAACCAGCAGCAGACGGGUCUAGUACAGCUUACUUCGUCUGUCAACUCCUGCUCUACGUCAGACAACCAGACAUCUGCACAACCUAACAUGACCAUCGACAUGAACACGGCCGCCUCCCUGCAGCAGUACCGCCGCAGGGUUGGAUCAUCUGCCAAUCAAUCUCCAACCUCUCCUGUCUCCAAUCAAGGCUUCUCACCCGGAGGCUCACCUCAACAUAACUCCAUAUUGGGCAGUGUGUUCGCAGACUUCUAUGACCAGCAGCUGCCAUCCAUUCAGGCCAGCGCACUUUCUCAGCAGUUGGCGCAAUUCAACAUGAUGGAGACCCCCGUCAGCUCAGACAGCCUGUUCAGCCAGCCCUCCACCCUCAACUAUUCCCAGGCUCUUAUGAUGGGGUUGACAGGCCACUGCAACCUUCAAGAUGCGCAGCAGCUCGGCUACAGCAGCCAUGGCAACAUCCCCAACAUCAUCCUCACAGUGAGUGGAGAGUCUCCUCCCAGCCUGCCUAAGGACCUGACCAGCUCGCUUUCCACAGACAUCAGCUUUGAUAUGGACUCCCAAUUCCCGCUGGACGAUUUGAAAAUCGACCCUCUGACUCUGGAUGGCCUGCACAUGCUGAACGACCCGGACAUGAUCCUCGCAGACCCGGCCACAGAGGACGCAUUUCGCCUCGACCGGCUCUAAUUCCUGCUCACCGCCUCAGCUUUCAUUGAAAAUCAGGGCCACUCAAUCACACCCCAUAAAAAUUCCUGGUUAACAGUUUGAGGGAGCUGGAUGACAGCAGAACCAGCCUGAAAACCCAGACAGAUUCCAGUACAGCAGCCAGUUCACAGAGCGGACACUGAUGACCAGAAGAAACUCAGAACAGGUCCACUCCUCUCAGCCGGGCUUGGUGUUACGCUUUGAUCCGGAUGGGUUGUAAUAUAUCCCCCCGAGAGGCGCUGAGUCAUUACUUUUACUAUAUUUCUGAAAACAGUUUAUCCAAAAAAAAUAAUAAUAAUUUAAACAGAAAUCAUUUGUUAUGCAUGAAAUCAUAAAUCACUGUGGAUACUUGUUUUGCCUUAAAUGCUUGACGUUUAGUUUUUCAUGCAUAAAGAAAAAAUAACCCAACAGAUUCACAUUUAUUGCGUUGCAAGUUGCUUGGCCUGCAGCAUUUAUGUCGUCACUACUGCCUAAUGCAUUAAACCUGAGGGGGGGGCUGUUUAGUUUGGUAAACACAAUGUUUACAAGCUUUGUUUAUUUGCUUUAAAAUGUGCAGAAUGUGGUCAGAUUUUUUUUUUGCGUAACGAUAUCUAUGCAAAAGGACGGACUGUAAAAAUGGAGCCAUUUGAAGGCGACGUGGAGGAUUCCUCUGGAACACAUGAGGGUGUAUUUAGACAAAAGAAAAAAAAAAUUCAUUUUUUUAAAGGUUUAGUACAGAAGAAAAUAAAAAACCAUUAAGUAGGGUGGUGGAGGCUGGCUAACAGGUGAUGCCUGUCUCUGCCUCUAGAACAGCACUGUUGAUGCAAUGAGAAUGUACCUCGUUUACAUCCAUGUCUUUGUGUUUCGGUUCUCCUCAUUUCCCACUUUUUCUAUUUUUUUACUUCCCGUGGAGCCAAAUAUCUUCCAUCUGUUACCUUAAGCUGAUUUUUUAUCACUUCUAUGUGUUUCAAGGUGGGUUUGGUUGUUUGCGCUUCAUGCAUUUGUUGUUUUUCUUUUUAAUGUAAUGCUUUGGUGAUCAGAUUUCUCUGUAUGUUGUCCAUCU